GAGAUUUCCGGUUGGAUGAAAGUGUGGGUGCGCCAAGAUAAACACACACUCUUGCUUAACAAAGACGCGGGGAAACAACCGGGAAUGACGGCGAACAUAACGAAGAGUCCGCGCCCGCUGAAAAUAACCAUCGUGGGCGAUGGCAUGGUGGGCAAAACCUGCAUGCUGAUAACCUACACACGGAACGAGUUCCCCGAGGAGUACAUACCCACAGUGUUCGACAAUCACGCCUGCAACAUAGCCGUAGAUGAUCGGGACUACAAUCUGACCCUCUGGGACACUGCCGGGCAGGAGGAUUACGAAAGGCUGCGCCCCCUGAGCUAUCCCAGUACCAACUGCUUCCUGUUGUGCUAUUCGAUCAGCAGUAGGACCUCAUUCGAAAACGUGAAAAGCAAGUGGUGGCCGGAGAUCCGUCACUUCUCCGCCCAUGUUCCCGUGGUUCUGGUGGGCACCAAACUGGACUUGCGCAUUCCCAACUCGGAGAAGUUCGUGACCACACAGGAGGGAAAAAAGAUGCGCAAGGAGAUACACGCAUCCAACUUGGUCGAGUGCUCCGCCAAGAAGAAGCUGAACCUGCAGCAGGUCUUCGAGGAGGCGGUUAGAGCCGUGGAGAGGAAACCAAAGACGACGUCCAAGCAAUCGUGCAAAAUACUGUGAACUAAGUGUAUGCCUAAUUUUAAAUAUUGUUAUUAUGCGUAAUGUAUUAUGCUACUAAUUCGCCUGACUAUUUGUGCUUCGUUUUCGCAAAAAGGGAAAAAAACUGUGUAGAAAAUUUAACGUUAAGUUUGUAUUUUUAAGUGCCACUUGUGUGAAAUCCAUAUGUUAUAUAUGCAGCCCGAGGGCAUAAUUUGUAAAAAGAUAAAUAAAAACAGCACAAAAUGAAAAUUA